ACGAUUGGUGGGCGGGUAUUUCGCGCGCCAAUCCUCCAGUGUUUUUGUUACCACAAUAGAUAACCAACAUGCCGUUCACAUUUUGCUUGCUGAUGCCUCACAGAAUGGAGAAAUGUAUCCCAGACUAAAUGGUAUGUAUGGGAAAUAUGGACUGGGAACAAUUGGAGCUCAACCCAAGGAUUAUAGCAGCCGUAAAGAAAGCUAAUGUGAAAUCAGCGAGGGAGAUUCUCAGUCUCUCGGGUCCGGAUCUACAACGACUCACCCACCUGUCAAAGUCAGACGUGCAACACCUGCACACAGCUGUUGCUAUCUCUUACCGCAGACAUUCACCUGUAACAGCCUUACAAGUGCACCGUGGAGAGUGUCCCUCUUUGGAACCUGGGCACAAGCUAAGUUUGGCUUGCCCCGUUCUGGACGCUCUACUGCGAGGUGGUGUACCGUUGAGCGGCAUCACAGAACUGGCAGGGGAGAGCAGUGCAGGAAAGACCCAGUUUGGCUUGCAGCUGUGUCUUUCUGUGCAGUACCCACUGGUGUAUGGAGGGCUCAAUUCAGGAGCUGUGUAUAUUUGCACAGAAGACUCGUUUCCCAUCAAGCGUCUGCGGCAGCUCAUUACCCAGCAGGCUCGGCUGCGGCCAGAACUUCCCCAGGCCCUGAUACGGAGCAUCCGUUUCAGCGACAACAUCUAUAUAGAGCAUGCUGCCGAUCUGGGUGCACUGCAGGCCUGCGUGUCCCAGCGGGUGCCCAUUCUGCUCUCCCGGGGCCUUGUUCGGCUGGUGGUGGUGGACUCUGUGGCGGCUCUGUUCCGCAGCGAGUUCCAGGCGGACGAGGGUAUAGAGAGAGCCCGCCACAUGCUGGCCUUUGCCGCCACUCUCCACCGCCUGAGUCACAACUACAGUACCCCGGUGCUGUGCAUCAACCAGGUGACAGAUGUAAUGGAUGGGCCAGAUCCAGCACACUGUAACUAUGGGUUGGUGGACAAUAAGGUGCUGCCUGCCCUGGGCAUGGCCUGGGCCAACCAGGUGAUGGUGAGACUGAUGCUGCUUCGCCUCCCGGGCUGUGUGGGCACCGGGGAGCAGGGCGGUACCAGCGCCCCUCGCAGGCUGGAGGUGGUGUUUGCCCCCCACCUCCCCAGAGCCAGCUGCCUGUGUGGGGUGUGGGAGGAAGGAGUGAGAGGGCUGCCAAACAGACCCCGGUCCGUCACCAACAGCAUUACCAAGAGACUUGAAACCACAGGCGAAUUGGGCCUGAACGAUGGUACCUAAAUCCGAUAAACUUUUAAAGUUAUAGGAUACAGAAAAAAAGUGCCAAAUGGGAAAAUGAUAGGGACCCGCACACUGUUUAGAUGCUCUGCAAUUUUCUUGGCAAUAUUGUAACCACAAAGGAAUUUUGUAUCAGGUGAUUCAAGGGUGAUUCCAGCAGGGAAUGCACACUGGAGGAGAGUGGACACUGCAGGAUGGCAGGACUGUUGCCUUACUUUGUGCUUCGACAUUCCAUAGUGAAGCCUAUAUGCAUUUAAAAGGAGAGGGAAGAUAGUAGAAAAAGUAUGAAAGUAUUAUGUGUCAAAUGAUCCUGACAAACCACCUUUAAAAAAAAUCGAAAUACAUUUUUAGCAGCAGACAUUUUCUGCCUUUCUUUUCACAACAGAAUGUAAUAUAAGCUAUUGCAAAAAUAUAUAUAUAUUUUGCACUACACUUCUGAAGUUUCAUUUGCAUAGCAGCGUGUUCCUGUUGGAGGGAGCUGACACUUGAUUUAGAAAUCGGUAGGCCUGUGGUGUAUGCCAAUCAGUACUGACAACAGCACAUCCUAGCAACAGCACUGACGGUUUCUAAAUAGUGUAAUUUCACUCCAACCAGGACAUGCUGCUCUGCAAGUCAAAUGCACUUCUGAAAACAGUGCAGAAAACUAUCUGCAACAAUUGAAUUCUGGCCAAAGUCUUUUAUUUGUUUCACAUGUUAGAGGACGUUCUAUCCAGUGAUGUAGUGGUAAAUAAAAUUGGUGGGUAAAGCUAAUUGCCAUUGGUGGUGAAUGAAGUAACGCUUUUUAUACUUUCAGUGCAUUUUUCCCUGAUAGCUGGGUAAACACUCGCACAAAAAGAGUAAAUGGCAUUUACGUGCAUUUACUUUAGACAGCUCGGUGCAUUCAACACCUCUCAAAUACAAGCAAUGAUGAAGUCAAUCUCUCCUCCACUUUGAGCCCAUCUUAGCUACUGUUGUAUCAGUAUGUUUGACCACGACAGUUUUUACAAUCCAGGGUAACUCCAAGAGGUUUAGUCACCUCAACUUGCUCAAUUUCCAUAUUAUUUAGUACAAGAUUUAGUUGAGGUUUAGGGUUUGGUGAAUGAUUUGUCCCAAAUACAAUGCUUUUAGUUUUAGAAAUAUUUAGGACUAACUUAGUCCUUGCCACCCACUCUGAAACUAACUGCAACUCUUCAAAUGUUGCAGUCAUUUAAGUCGCUGUAGUAGGUGACAUGUAUAGUGUUGAGACCUUUGCAUACAUAAACACUCUGGCUUUCCUCAAAGCCAGUGGCAAUUCAUUAGUAAAGAUUGAAAAAAGUAAUGGGCCAAGACAGCUGCCCUAGGGAAACCCUGAUUCUACCUGGAUUAUGUUGGAGAGGCUUCCAUUAAAGAACACCCUCUGUGUUCUGUUAGUCAGGUAACUCUAUCCACAAUGUGCAUGUGUGUGUACGGCUUUGUGUCUUUGUAUGUCACUGUGUGUGUCCUGCAAAAGUCAUUUUUAUAUAUUUCUGCAGACGUACUUUUAAAUGGAUAGUCA